CGGCGGCGGAUGCGGAGGGCUGGGUCCUGGCGCGGCGCGGCACGGUUCUCUCCGUCGCAGGCCCCACGCUUCCGCACCUUGCUCCGGCCUCGACCACGGCGAGCCUGAGCGCGGCGGCGGCCCACGCGCGGCGACGGGGAGAGAUGAGCAGCAACAGCAACAAGAGAGCCCCGACCACCGCGACGCAGAGGCUGAAGCAGGACUACCUGCGCAUCAAGAAAGACCCGGUGCCUUACAUCUGCGCCGAGCCCCUGCCUUCCAACAUCCUGGAGUGGCACUAUGUCGUCCGAGGCCCUGAGAUGACCCCUUAUGAAGGUGGCUAUUAUCAUGGAAAACUAAUUUUCCCUAGAGAAUUUCCUUUUAAACCUCCUAGUAUUUACAUGAUAACUCCCAAUGGAAGGUUCAAGUGCAACACGAGGCUGUGUCUCUCCAUCACGGACUUCCACCCCGACACGUGGAACCCAGCCUGGUCCGUGUCCACCAUCCUGACUGGGCUCCUGAGCUUCAUGGUGGAGAAAGGCCCCACCCUGGGCAGCGUGGAGACCUCGGACUUCACGAAGAGGCAGCUGGCAGUGCAGAGCCUAGCGUUUAACCUGAGAGAUAAGGUCUUCUGCGAGUUGUUUCCUGAUGUCGUGGAGGAAAUCAAACAGAAGCAGAAAGCACAAGACGAACUCAGUAGCAGGCCCCAGACGCUCCCCUUACCAGACGUGGUUCCAGACGGGGAGGUGCACCAUGGCCAGAACGGGGUUCCGCUUCUCAACGGGCACGCACCGGGGGCCGGCCCCAACCUUGCGGGGCUGCAGCAAGCCCAUCGGCACCAUGGACUCCUGGGCGGCGCCCUGGCGAACUUGUUUGUCAUAGUUGGGUUUGCAGCCUUCGCCUACACGGUCAAGUACGUGCUGAGGAGCAUAGCACAGGAGUGAUUGCUGCCCAAGCCCGAUGGAGGGGCCGGACACGCUGCCCAGCACGGGGCAGACUGCUGGGAUCCCGGGUUUAGCUUUUUAAAAACUUAAAAAGGAAAAGCAAAAACCAAAACGUGUAAUUUGAUUUGGAGGAGGCGCGAGAACCCCGGCUCCCUCCUCUCUCCCGGGGCCGGCGGGCUGGCAGGCCGCGGUCUUCCUGUGUUGUCUUCUGCACCUGUUGGAGUCGACCUGCUUCUCAUUUCAUUAGAUUUGGUCACUUAAAAAUAUAAAAUUCAGUGCCCGUCA